UUGGAUAAUACAAAGGACUUUCACUGUGAUAACUUGAAAUAUUUAAUAUUGGAUGAAGCUGAUAAGUUACUUGAGGCCGGUUUUGAGAAGCAUAUUGCGCGAAUAAUCAUGCAUUUGCCCAGCCUGUCUCACUCUCCCUGUGGGUAUCGAAAUUACAAGUACCUACGCGCGGCGGCCUCUACAGAGAGGCUAUCAAGUAAGGACUCACGAGCGAACAGUGACGUACGCGCGAGCUCUCUUCGUCACCUACUUCACCGGUCUUAUUGAUCAUUUAAAAAUGGAGAAAUAUAAAAAAAGCAUAGCUUUAAAGGUCAAUGAGAUCCUCCUAAAGACGCUGAGACAAUCUAAUUUAAAGUGAUUAUUAUAAUUAUAAUGAAAUUACCAUUUAUGAUAGCUACCUAUUUAUUUCCUAGGUAUGACUACGUGGUCUUCCAAGGUUUGACAACGAAAGAAUAUUGAUUUAAAAUUACGAUUACAUACCUAUUUAUACUAUAGAAAAAACUGAGCUAUUUUUAUAAGUUGACCUAAUGCUAGGUACGUACAGUUUUAGGAAAAAAAAAGACAACCCUAAUGUCGCCAGAAGAGGUAAGAGUCACGCGAUGAAAAGAGAGGCAACUUCUAGGUAUAAAAAUGUAGAUUAAUAGCGCUGUGCGAUCUGAAUUACACCUUAUUAUUUGACCACAAGAGUCUGUAUUUCCUUAAUUGAUUUUGCGGAGUGAGACUUUUGUUCUUGUACUAUUACAUAUUCUUAGGUUCUACGCACAUUUUUAAUCACUACUGCAUCCAAAAUAGUCUUCUUGAAAUAAGGCAGUGUAGGUUGUUAGAACGAGAUCCUCUGCGGAUCCACGCUUCCUCGGAUACUCUUCUAAAAAGUUAUGGCAAAGCACGGGCACACUGUCUCUAAUUAAUAGCCUCGAUUUCGACACCUACGAAGGUACGCAGAGCUGAACUCAUGCGCUAGCAGGGGUCACAAUGGAGCCUCACUCAAAUUCUCGUUUCAAUGUUUUAGAACGUCCUUUGUGCAUAGGCUUAGACAGUUAUUUCUCAUCCCGAAGGCGCCAGUUCAAUAUAAGUUCGAAUGUGUUUUCGAAUUUAUAGAUAAGUUUAUUCGGCGCUCUUAUCUUCAAAGCAUUGCGAAGAAACCUAUAUACAACUGUUAAUAAGUUACAAGUUGUGGGAGUAUUUAACCCAAAUCACACUGGGCCAGAAUGGCUGUCUUAAAUUUGGAUCACGUACAGGAAGACCGACAAACUGGUUUGUUUAGUGCUACAAUUGACGACAAAGUUAAAAAUCUUGCCAAAUUAGCAUUAAGACGUAACCCUGUCCUAAUUGCCAUUAAGGAUGAAAAACAGGCUACAGUAACAGGCCUUAAGCAAGGUUAUUUCACAUGUCCCCUUGAAAGAAGAAUAUCCUGGUUGUAUAAAAUGUUGAAGAAAGCGAAAAAGUUGAAAGUGAUUGUGUUUUUCUCUUCAUGUAAGUCGGUCGAUUUUCAUUAUGAGUUCUUCAAAGUAUACUGCAAGGCUCCUGUUUUGCAUAUUCAUGGCAAAUUGAGUCAAGCGAGGAGAAAGGAGACAUUUGAAAGUUUUGUGGAAGCAACAUGCGGAGUGUUGUUCUGUACAGAUAUUGCAGCACGGGGGUUGGACAUUCCUUCAGUCGACUGGGUUGUACAGUUUGACCCGCCCACUGAUGUUAAGGAAUAUAUUCAUAGAGUGGGUCGGACCGCAAGAGGUUUACAAAACACAGGGAAUGCUGUUAUAUUAUUACGGCCUGAGGAGGAAUGUUUUGUGGAGUUUUUGAAAAUUGAAAAAGUAUUUUUGGAUAAAUAUACGUUUGAGACACCAACAGAAGCAGUCCAGACCAUGUUAGAAGAUGUCAUAGAAAAUAAUGGUGUAAUGAAAUCUUUAGCACGGAAAGCCUAUCUGUCAUACAUCCGAUGUUACACUAAACAUAAGCUUAAAAGCGUAUUCAAUAUAGAAAACAUGGAUUUAGCGCUGGCAGCAAAAGCAUUCGGUUUCCUGAAGCAACCCGACAUAGAUUUUUUAUCCACGAAAGACAAAAAGAGAAGCAGGUGACAUAAUGUGAAGAAUGAAGAACAAAAAUUUAAUAAAUAUAUGAUUUACAAAUAA